AAGACCUCAACAAGACGAACAAAAAUGCUGACAAGUCACAAUUGAAGCAACCUAAAAUAGUUGGACAUUUAUUGGAUGGCACUUCGAGAUUUAAACAGAUAAGAACUCAGGAUGAAUUAGAUAAAGCAAUUUUGAACCAUAUCAUCACUGGUCUGCUUCCUUUUAGUGAAGUGGAUAAAGAGGGGUUUAAGCAGCUUGUUGGUGGCUUGAUUGGUCCACUGUCAAUUAGAAGUCGCCCGUUCAUGGUGAAACUUUUAAAUAAGCAGUAUCAACAAAGUAAGGAAAAUCUGAUUUUAGAACUAUCAAAAGCCAGCCUUGUGUCAACAACAGCUGAUUGUUGGACGGCUCAUCAAAAAAGUUUCCUAGGGAUGACGGUUCAUUGGCUGGAUGUGGAUGAAGUGACUAGACAAAGCGCUUGUCUUGGCGUCCGCCGAAUUUUUGGAUCCCAUACUUAUGAUGUGCUGGCCAAAGCAAUUUCAGAAAUGCAUAAAGAGUUCAAAAUCUCCGCAAAAGUUAACCUAACCAUUACAGACAACGGAUCAAACUUCUUGAAAGCAUUCCGGAUGUUCCAAGCAAAAGAUGCUGGAAAUGAAAGAGCAUCUAAGGAAGCCAGCGACGAAGACUGUUUUGAAGAGGAAGAAGAGGAUGAUUUUGUCUUAGUCGACAUCGGAGAAAUAAUUGAUAGUCAUACUUGUACGUCGGAGGCAAGAGUCUCAAAUGGAAGCAGCGGAGGACAGAUGGAUGGACUUGAAGAUGGAUCAGACCCUGACGAUGAAGAGGAGGUGGAGCGCAUUAUUCUUCCUCCACAUAUGCGCUGCACUUGUCAUACGCUAAACCUCAUUGCAACCACGGAUGUGGAGAAAAUUCGUAAUCGUCAAUUUUUAAAGAUUAAAAAAUCUCUCGACCUCAAGUUGAAGAGUAUCUGGAACAAACAACAAAGAAGUUCCCUUGCAUCGGACUUCAUGAAGUCAAAAAUGGGCGAACUCUUCGUCAUUUGCAAUGCCACAAGAUGGAAUAGCUAUUACGACGGAUUGGUGAAAGUAGAACAUUUCAUUGAUAAAAAAGACGAAGCCCUAAACGAAACAUUCCAACAUUUUUAAAUCAGUAAGCUGACUGGUGUCGAAAAAGACUUCUUAAAAGAAUUUGUUAGGGUUAUGAUACCCCUAUCACAAGCGUUAGACAUUUUACAAAAUGAAGAAAGUAUGUACAUUGGAUGCGUGUUGCCCGUUUUAACUGUUUUGAAAGAAAAAUUGGUUGAAAUUGAACAAGACAGAAGCAUUACUCAUUGUAUUCCGUUGGUGGGCUCUUUACUGGAUAGCAUUAGUGCUAGAUUCGAUAAUCUUUUCCUUCAGAAACAUUUGCGACUUGCCUCUCUUUCUGAUCCACACUUUAAACUGUGGGUGCAAAAUAAGGAAAGUAAAGAAAGUGACACUGAUCUCCUCAAAAACGAAGUUCAACGACGCACUGCUGCCGCAAUGGAGUUUCAGAUUGACAGUGGAGCUGACAGUUCGCCGACUAGAAAAAGAGCAAGCAAAAGCUUCCUAAGUGCGCUUAAGAGAAGAGCAUCUACAGAAGUAAACGAAGCAGACCGUUUUCUAAACGAAGGAUCUCUUAAAGCCUCUCUUAAAGAUUUGUAUCGUUUUCCGACCAUUAAGAAAAUUUUUGUGGAAUUCAACAGCGCGUUACCAUCCUCCGCUGCAUGCGAACGACUUUUUAGUACAGCAGGACUCGUCUUUGUACCGAAACGAAGUAAUUUGUCUGAUUCCAACUUCGAUAAACUCGUUUUCAUGAAACAAAACGGUGUUUCAUCUAGGAAAUGGAAGAGUUCUCCAUCGAAGACUCAUCAAAAAUGAUCAAUGAUUUGAACUUGGCGUAUUUUAUUAAUUACUUUUCUCGGUCUAUCCAUUUGAGAUUUGUCAUUCUCAUUCAAUGUUAGACCAUUGAGCAUUGACCGCUUUCUUAUGAAAGGAAAUCUAAA